CGGAGGGUAUCAGGUGACCUGAAUCACAAGUUCCAUUGGAAAAGCACCCACUGUGAUGACGUCACUGCUCUACCCCGGCGAGAAGGACGCCGGAGUCGUGCUCAGUGCAGGAGGAGAGAGUCACGGAGAGUACUGCAGAGCAGAGUUCAAACAACAGAGUCCAACUAAAGGAAGCAUUAUCCGACCCUGAUGAAUUACGAGAACCCUCCACCGUACUCCGGGCCUGGCCCCUCCGCUCCUGGGUACCCCCCGUACACACAGCAGCCUAACCCAGCAUACCCCGGCCCCAACCCUGCCUACCCGGGCCCAGGGGUCAACCAGGCUUACCCCAACUACCCCCCGGGCUCCGGGGGCCCCUACCAGGGCCCCUAUCCUGGCCCCGGCGGCCCCUACGCUGGCCCUGGACAGCCUGGCUACCCAGGAUACCCACAGUACGCCCCGCAACCUGGACAGGUGUACGGAGAUGCUCCAAAGAACACAGUGUAUGUUGUAGAGGAGCGGAGACGGGAUGACUCUGGGGAUAGCACCUGCCUCACUGCCUGCUGGACUGCACUGUGCUGCUGCUGUCUCUGGGACAUGCUCACCUAGACGAGCCGGGAUGUCGGCACACCACAUGGGCCUUCUCCCUGGAGGAGCCUCCUCUGCUCGCACUCAACUCAAUGUACUGCGGACAAUGCUCCCUCCAGCCCUCCAUGGCACGUGAAUGUUGUCCACUUGUGGUGGCCGUGGUUCAAUUCUACCUUGAUUUUUAUAGAUACACUUGUCUAUCUUUCUUUAAAUUAAAUCUUUAGGUUUCUAAUCAUGUUUAGAUUGUUGUUCUGUGUGUUUUGUUUAUUUUUGUUAGUGUGAUUUAUUACUGUUGUUAUUAUUAUUAGGCAAAUGUGUGUGCAAUGUAUUAAUUUCUGCCAAAGUCUUUAUUAAAGGAAUAAAUAUUUUAAACUAACUAGCCUUUUUAAUAUUUACAUUCCUAGAAUGGAAGCCUGUAAAAAAAUUAAAAGAAAUAACUUUUAAUUAUAGUUGCCUAUGCCACAACUCAGAAUUGCAUAAUGAAUAAAUGAUUGAAAAAUUC